AUGCACACCUUCACCUCUCUGUCUGUGUUGGCCGCGGCCGCCGUCGUCGCUGCUGCCCCUGCCCCGGCCGCCUCCCCCAAGGUCAUCUCCGUCCCCCUCACCCUGAUCAAGAACGUUGAGUCGACCUCGGGCCUUCUUGCCGCUGGUGAGCGACGCCUGGCGAAAUUCAACAACCGCGUCGGCAGCCUCAAGCCCCGCCAGUCCUCUGGCGCGGUCACCAACGAGGAUGUCUCUUACGUCGCCGAAGUGAACAUUGGCGGCACCGGAUACACGCUCAUCGUCGACACCGGAUCUUCCAACACCUGGUGCGGUGCUCAAAACGCGUGUGAGCCCUCGUCCAGCGGCCAGUCCACCGGCAACUCCGUCUCUGUCGACUACGGCUCAGGCUCCUUCUCCGGCACGGAGUACACCGACAACGUCAGCUUCGGCGGCGAGACCGUCGACGGCCAAUCCAUCGGCUCGGCCAGCACGUCGUCCGGCUUCAGCGGUGUCGAUGGCAUCAUCGGUUUCGGCCCGGUCGACUUGACCGAGGGCACCGUGUCCAACACCAACGAGGUCCCGACCUUCAUGAACAACCUCUACAGCCAAGGCUCCAUCCCGACCGAGGUGCUCGGCGUCAGCUUCCGCCCGGAGCCUGGCAGCUCGACCGACUCGACCAACGGCGAGUUGACCCUCGGCGGCACCGACCCGUCCAAGUACUCCGGCAGCAUCAGCUACCACCCCAAGCUCACCAGCGGUGAGGCCUCCGCCUACUGGGGCAUUGCCGUGAACAAGUUCUCCUACGGCGGCUCCAGCCUCGGCAGCGGCAACGGCAUCGUCGACACCGGCACCACCCUCAUCUACCUCCCGACCAGCGUGUACAACGCGUUCCUCAAGGCCUCCGGCGGCACCACCGGCAGCCAGUCCGGCCUUCCUACCUACUCCAAGGCCCCGACGCAGAACUUCUACUUCACCUUUGGCUCCACCACUCUCAGCCUCACCCCGUCGCAGUACCUCGUGCCCCAGGACCAGUACUCCGAGUUCGGGCUGGCGAGCGGCAAGUACUACGCCUGGUUCGCCAACGGCGGCAGCAGCGGCGUCAACCUCAUCAUCGGCCAGAAGUUCCUCGAGAACUACUACGCCGUCUUCGACACCACCAACCAGCGCAUUGGCUUCGCCACCGGCGUGUAA